GGCGGGGCGUCCCUGCAGGCUCAGGAGGAGGUCAUGGAGUGCCAUUGAGACAGUAUGAGAAUCACCCGAAAGAGAUUGUGUUAUAGCAUAGUCUUCCUGUACUGUGUCUUCUCCUUCUACGCCGCCUACAAUGUCUUCUUCAAAUCACCGCAAGUGUCCCGGGUUCACAGGGUGGUGACCAGGAAGGAGGACAGCAGAGGUAACCGGGCCGGUGGCUCCCGCUACUUGAAUAAGGAACAGUGGAAUCCUUGGGAAGAAAGUGAAAAGAGCAACAAAGCUCCCCAUGUGCAGAAAGUAAAAGAGAAAUGGAAAAGCUUAUUAAUCCACGAAUCCCAACAAGAACCUGCUGAGCUACAAGUACAGAUAUGGAGCAAGGCUGCUAUUGGACAUUACUUGUGGGAAAAUGUUUUUGAAGGACAACUUGAGCCCUCUGAUGUCAAUGCUCAGUGGAGGGAAGGCAAACUGAAGACAGGAAGAACAGAAUUCAGUUUUAUCACUGGCUCGGCAGUUGCUCCUGGAUAUUUCCCAGUGGAUGCAGUGAAUGUUGUUCUUGUUCUGAAUGGCAGAGAGGAAGUAAAGAUUUCUUUCGCUGCUCAGUGGCUGCAGUACGCACGGGCAUUGGUUGAGAAUCACAAGCUUCGCCAUGUUGCUGUCGUUAUGCUGGGAAAUGAACAGUGCAAUAAUGACUGGAUCCUUCCAUAUUUGAAGACGAAUGGAGGGUUUGUGGAACUUCUAUUUCUCGUCUAUGACAGCACUUGGGUUAAUGAAGAAAGUAUUUUUCAGUGGCCUCUAGGGAUUGCAACGUAUCGAAAUUUUCCAGUUGUUGAUCCAACCUGGUCAUUGGUUCAUGAUUCCCGGCCGUACCUGUGCAACUUCCUGGGAACUGUAUACAGCAACUCGUCCAGGGAGGUUCUUAUGGAGGUUAUAAGGAAGGAGGGACUUGAUCAGCUUUGUUGGAUCUCAUCCAGAAAUCAGUGGCAGCCACAGGAGACAAAUGAGAGUUUUAAAAGUUACAACGAUGCACUGCUCCAGAGUGACCUUACACUAAGCCCAGUAGGAAUAAACACAGAGUGCUAUAGAAUUUAUGAGGCUUGCUCUUAUGGCUCUGUUCCUGUAGUAGAAGAUGUGAUGACACCAGGGAAUUGUGGAAAUUCUUCUGUACACAGCAACACUCCUUUGCGGUUAUUAAAGUCAUUUGGAGCUCCAUUUAUUUUCCUUAAGUCUUGGAAAGAGCUUCCCAGUAUUCUAGAUAACGAAAAGAACAUGAGUUUACAAGAGAAGAUCCAGAGGAGGAAACGGAUUCUAGAAUGGUACAGGCAAUUUAAAUUAAAACUGCAGCGGAGGUUUAUUGAAGCUCUUGAGAAGACUUUUCUGCAUAGUGAUACGUGAAGGAUUAAGUGUCAAGAAGUACGAUUUGACUUUGUAUUAUGUUUUUGAUGGGCAUUGU